UACAAACAGUCAAAACUAACACUGUUGAACUGAAGCUUACCGGGAAAGGUAUCGAUUUUUCAAAAUGGAAGUGUGACGGUACCAUAUGGGUAGGCCAGUCAACAUAGGUAGGCCUGAAAGUAUGCAUUUGGUCUUGUGUUGUGUUUUGGUUUAUGUUUCCGUUUUGCCGCAUACUUUAGUCGGAGCUGAACAUCUAGACUAUCCAGAAUACCAAGAGGCAGCUAUUAUCCAGCGUAUCCAGCGAGUUCUGAGCAAAUGGCGGCAAUACCAACUACGCAGAGAGGCGUCUGAGCCGGAGGUGGUUCCCGCACCACUUCCAGAGUUUACAUAUCGUUUCCCGGAAGAUGGCGGCCGCAGUUACCAAAACGAUUUAUUUGCAGUUCCCCCUUCUAACCCUAGGUUCUAUGAUCCUGAUCCAGACUUGCUUGCAAAAGAAACUAAAAGGCUAGAAAGUGAGGCGCCGCCAACUCAAGAGGAAGAUGAAGCUAAGAACCCUACAACGGAGCCGGAAGAAGUAACUACCGGCUGGGAGGAGGAUGAAGCUACCUUAGAAAGCAGCGAGCCUAGAGAUGACGAAGUUUCAUAUGUUUUUAAGAAGUUUUUGGCCAAGGGGGAUCAGGAUGUCGUACUUGUUGCUAUCAUCGCGGGCUGUGGGGCCGCGGCAGCGGCUGGUGUCAUAGCACUUUCUAUUGGCUGGUACAAAUUGCACUCAAACUCCAAGGCUGCCGCAGACAUUGAGUAUCCUGCGUAUGGAGUGACUGGUCCCAACAAGGAGAUUACACCUACAGGAGACCGCAGACUAGCGCAGUCUGCGCAGAUGUAUCACUAUCAGCACCAGAAACAACAGAUCAUUGCUAUGGAAAGUAACCGCGCCAACAACGAGCGAAGGGGGUCUGUGUCGGAGGGUGACAGUGAAGAGGAGAAUGAAGAAGGAGAUUACACCGUUUACGAGUGUCCGGGAUUGGCUGCUACUGGAGAGCUGGAAGUGAAGAACCCUCUGUUUUUAGACGACCCGACUCCCGCAGCCGUUGUUACCGACGAGCUGCAAUCCCCUUCUGCUGAUAAAAAACAAUAAAUUAUUUCUCUGGUUUAACCCCUAAAUGAGAAUCUCACCUACUCCCUUUGUAUACCAACCCCUGUAUUAGCAAGGUGUCUAAAUCGGUCCGUCUCUAUAAAUCGAUAUAUAGCGCUAUAGAAAUGUGGUGUAAAUUACAUAUAUGUCAAAUAUCAAAUACAAAUAUUUAUACACAUAGAUAUAAUUAGGGAGAGCUGGCUGGCUUCUUGACCUUUGUUGAAAAAUUGUAGUUCUAGUAUAUGAAUUUUAUUUAUUGUUAGGUAAUAUGAUAUAUUUUUAUACAGAGCUCUUCCAUUAUCGUUCCACGGCAAAGCCGCUAGCAAUCUUGAUGAGUUUUAUUUUUCUACAGUUCUGCUCGGUCGAGUAUGAAGGUCCUAAGGAAGAUACAUCGAGUUGAUUUCGGUAAAAACACUUGCACAGUCGGAUAACGCUGCACCAAAAAUAUUUUCACAGUUUUGUUAAUACUCAUAUAAUUUAAUGUUUGGAACGUUUAUAUUUUUAUAAGUACCUCGAUCACGCAUAGAUACUUACUGUGUACCUUAUCUAUAAGACACCCAACAAUCCAUUACAUAUUAUAGCUCUCUGCUUUCAAGUACAAUAUUAUUCUUGUUUCUACAUUGGGUCACCUUCCUUUUUAGGUUAGCUGGAAAGUAACUGUCGAUAAAAAUUUACCUACUUUCUUGAUCUAUUCACGGGUUUUCAUUUAAUAAAUUAAUUACAUUCAACUUUUUGAAGUUGAUGAAAAAAUUUAUUCACUUUAAAGAUCAUAUAAUAUACUAAAAUAAGUAUGAUAACUGUGAAACAAAUCGAAAAUGACUUAUUAAAUUUGUCUUAUUAAAAGUACGUCAAGACUAAUUGGUACUUAUUAAAAGUACCAAUUUAAUAUCCACAACAUAUCAAUAGUAAUAAUCCCCCUAUUUGAAUUAUUUGUCUCAUAAAAAUGAAAUGUUUGCGUUUUAUUUACUCUGAUCACAAAGGAUAUAUAGGAACAACCAAAUCAAGUGUACUCAUUUUUACAAUCACUUAAAAACAGACUGUGAUAAAAAAGGAAAACACCAACUAGUUGCAGCUUAUUUACAAAUAGUUUCUUGAAUGUGAAUCAUUAUUUUUUCAACGCAAAUGUACUGUAUACCUCUUUUAUACGUAAAAACGCAGGAACAUAUGAAUAUUACUGUGUUAACUUGAUUUACAAACACACACACAACAUUAAAACUUACCAUUAAAAGACAUUCACAAUUAAUACAGUUACUUUCCAGUUAACCAACAAUUUGAGUUAAAACUCAAAGCCAGUUUAGAAAAAUCACAAUUUGUUGUAAGCAACCCAAUAGAUCUAAAGUGUUUAGUAUCCUACCCCGAUAUUGUGCCAACAUGUAAAAGAAUAGUUACCAGUAAAAACUCGUGGCUUUCAGUCUAUAAAUAUGCCUUGUAAGGGUAAUAAAAAACAAAAUAUAUAAUUAUUAAGUUUGACUAUUGCCUUGCAGAAUGAGAGGGAAGGAUAACUUUCAAGUUUAAUGUCCAAGAGUGUGCAAGGGUGCAUAGCAAAAGCAAAGCCAUACUGAUUAAUUUAAAAUUCUAAACCAGCUGUAUCUUAUAACUGUUAACAUUAUCAUGGGAAAGUUGCAGUUAUAAGAAAGGAAAAAAUCUGCAAUAAGCAUGAUUUAACAUUGUUGCUUUUCAACAAUUUGUAAAAAUCAGUUUAUUUAAUAUUAAAGAACAUCUAAUCACCU